CUUUCUUUACCAUUGUUCCUUCUGUUUGGAUUCUUAGUUGAUUACAACUUCACCUUGCACAUUCUUCGCCUCGCCAAUUCCUCGCAUUGCAUUGUCAUUGUCAUUGCAUUGCACUCAACACUACAACAAUGCCUACAAUUCUUAACAACGGUCAUGGUCACUCUGCUGACAUUGCUAUUGACGCCAGCUUACUUACUGUACCAGCAAGUUUCGAUUCUACGCCAACUGGUUGUCACCACUCUAUAGACCACCCCGGAUUUACGUCCGAGGACGUACCUCUACUGUCUCACUCACCCUCACUCUCAAUGUCCCCUCCACGCACGCCGAUGUUUCCACCGUCAACACCCUGUUUAGAUACCCCCUCUCAAUCCCCUGCUCUCUCCGCAGCUACAACCAUAUCCACAUCAACAUCUACAUCUUUUUCAGAAGAUGAGCAUGCAACUAAAAUCGAACCAUCAGUAGAAUCUCCAUCACAACUACCAAAAUACAAUGGAAAGGAGUCUUCCUCUAUCUCUAUUAUAGCAGCAGAAAGUUUAUCUUUUUCAUUAGCGACCCAUCCUGCAGUAGUUUAUGCAUCCGAGCGACUUUCUGACCAAGACUACACUUCAAAGCUCCAUACCGUCAAAGUUUUCGAUUUUGAUCAUACAUUGUUUCGGUCUCCACUGCCGAAUCCUGCACUCUGGGAUCCAUCGUUUCUAGGGAUCUUGACUUCUUGGAACUACUGUGGUACAGGGUGGUGGCACAAUCCAGGCACACUGGAGCUUGGACCGGAGGUGGAGGCAACUUGCUGGGAAGGAUGGUGGAAUGAAGAAAUUGUCAGGGAAGUUCGCAAGUCAUCGGAAGAUCCAGGAUGUUUGACGGUUCUCCUGACUGGAAGAAAUGGACCCACAUUUGGAGAGAAGCUCGUUGAAAUGGUUGGGCGUAAGGGACUGGAUUUUGAUCUUAUCGCAAUUAAGCCUACGACUGUCGCACGAAUAGAGAGCAAACUCGCAUCUGUACCUACCAAUGGGGGUCCUCAAUCCGUGGAACGAUACCUCAAAGUCCAUACGUUUAACACAAAACAUGAGUUUCUGUAUAACCUAUUAUUCGAAUACCCCAGCAUUCGAUCUAUGUUCCUCUGGGACGAUCGUCCUUGUCAGGUCGCAAAGUUUCGUCAAGUUGGGCAAGAAUGGCUAGAAAAAAAGCUCUUGGAUAACUUUGACAUCACAGUCGUGCAGGAACCUCUGUUGUUCAUGGAUCCGCAGCGUGAGAUCGAUUUAGUACUGGCUAUGGUUGAGGCUAACAAUCAGCAAGUUGACAUUGAAGUAUCUGGAGGACCAUUCCUAGUCCCGGGCGUUGGUGCUAUUCCCAAGACGAGGCCUGAAUUGGAGGGCCUGAACAUCUGGGAUCCAUAUGAGACAUAUGUUCCACAAAUUAGACGCAAGAUUGAGCUCACCGAUAUUGUAAGGUACACAGGCAUCAUGUUUUCAGCUACUGUACAAAGUAUCAUGAAACAGAUGCUCGGUAUUCAAGAAUACUCUAAUGGAUAUCCAUCAACAGCGGUAAUAGAGUGUCCUCAAUGGAUUAAGCGGCCAAGUAUGCUUCGAGGACAGGAUUUAAGCAAGUGGGUUGUACCUGAUGAUUUACAUGUCACCUUAUGUCUCGGAUCUGCUAGUAAAGAGCACCUGGAGUCAGUUGGUGGACUGAAUGCGACUGUAUUGGUGGAGGUAGAGGCGCUCGGUGAGUUUGAAGGACGAGUAUGGGCUUUAAAAGUAAAAGAGUUUAAUACCGAUGAGGAAAGCAAUGUGGACACACGUCAACUCCAGAUUAUAGCGCCAAAUGGACAAAUUUACUCGAGUCUCGAUGCAUUGCGCACAGCAUAUGCAUCAUAUGAAUCAGCAGGAGACGAGCUAUACCCGCAAGUUGACCUAAAGCACCUUGGUCAUCUUGUUUCAGUACAUGAAUCUACACCACACAUCACCAUGGCCUACGACCGACUCAAUGGGACACGUGCGGUUGACUCUGGAAGGAUCAUAGAGUGGGAGCCUUUGGAGAAUGCAUCGCUUUCAGAUAAUGGAUCAACACGCUAUCCUUACCGAUUGGUGUUUGUGGGUACGAUUGGUGAGAAGAAGCUGCUCGGGAUGAAGACGCCGAAGGCAUCUGAUCAACAUAUUCCUAAAGCCGAAGUCAGUGUUGCCAACAUCAUCAAGAGUUUAACAGGAGAUAAGCAGAUUUCUGGAAAGGAGCUCGGAGAGAUGGUCCGCUGUGUCAAGGAAGAUAUGGAACGACUUUCGGUCGAAAAUCGACUCGAGAAUGAAGAACGAAUUGCGAUCAUAGCACAGGAAAUCUGUGAUCGAGUCGAGACCAAGAAGUGUGCAGCAGUACAACACCAUGGCGCUCGGUAGAUAGCACUGACAUGGCUAAACGACUACCAUUGUACUUUAGAUGAC